GCAGGGGGAGGCACGCGAGAGCUGGUGUGCAUGGUCCCCACCUAUUUCUUACGGAGUGGGCAGAGGAAGGGUUAACACCCCCGGCAGGGUGAGGUGGGUUCCUAGUUUGGCGUGCAUCCUGCAGUCCCAGGCGCUCUCCCGGGGCUAAGCGCAGCCAGCAGGAAGGGGUUAACUGCUGUGCGUCCCUCCCGGGUCCUGUUACCGCUGAGGCGGACCUGCCCGGCCAGCCCAGCAACUUUCCUCGCCCGCCCCGUGCUGCCACAGGGGGCAGCUCAGAGGGCAGCGGAGCCAGAGCCAGGGGCCCUGGACGCAGCCCCCCCCCCACCGGGGACCCGGCCGCGCCCUUGCAGGGGGGCUGCCCCUCCCGAGAAGGAGGGUCUCCGCCCGCGCGCGCGGGGGUCUCUGGUGGAUGGCUCUGGGCGCACUGCCCAGGCUGUGCCGUCCCCCUGGCGCUCAGGGUCACUGCGGAGGCGGCUCGUGGUCCCGGUGCCGGGGCUGGGGCCAAGGGCGCCGGCACCCCAGACCCAUGCGGGACCCAGGGACGCAGUCGCCCUGCUAAGCUCACAGCGGCCCCUCUGUGGAGCCGGCGACCUCACCUCGGUGGCCCUCGGCCCUCCGCCUCCGGCUGGGGCAGGGGCUGCCCAUGUCCAAGUCCCCGGCCAUGACGACGUCGGCCCUGCGGCGCCAGGUGAAGAACCUCGUGCACAACUACUCGGAGGCGGAGAUCAAGGUGCGCGAGGCCACCAGCAAUGACCCGUGGGGGCCGCCCAGCUCGCUCAUGUCGGAGAUCGCCGACCUGACCUUCAACACGGUGGCCUUCGCCGAGGUCAUGGGCAUGCUGUGGCGGCGGCUCAACGACAGUGGCAAGAACUGGCGGCACGUGUACAAGGCGCUGACGCUGCUCGACUACCUGCUCAAGACGGGCUCGGAGCGCGUGGCCCAGCAGUGCCGCGAGAACCUCUACACCAUCCAGACGCUCAAGGACUUCCAGCACAUCGACCGCGACGGCAAGGACCAGGGCGUCAACGUGCGCGAGAAGGUCAAGCAGGUGAUGGCCCUGCUCAAGGACGAGGAGCGGCUCCGCCAGGAGCGGAUGCACGCCCUCAAGACCAAGGAGCGCAUGGCCCUGGAGGGCGUGGGCAUCGGCAGCGGGCAGCUGGGCUUCAGCCGCCGCCACGGGGACGACUGCGGCCGCACUCGGGGCUCCCCAUCGUCCUACAACUCCUCCUCCUCCUCCCCCCGCUACACGUCGGACCUGGAGCAGGCGCGGCCGCAGACAUCCGGGGAAGAGGAGCUGCAGCUGCAGCUGGCUCUGGCCAUGAGCCGAGAGGAGGCCGAGAAGCCCGUCCCCCCCGUCUCCCACAGGGAUGAAGACCUGCAGCUGCAGCUGGCCCUGCGCCUGAGCCGGCAGGAGCAUGAGAAGGAGGUGAGGUCCUGGCGGGCGGAGGACUCCCCCAUGGCCAAUGGUGCCGGGGCCACGGCCCACCGGCGACGGGACAGAGAGCCCGAGAGGGAUGAAAGCAAGGAGGAGGAGGAGAAGCUGAAAAACAGCCAGUCUUCCAUCCUGGACUUGGCUGACGUCUUCACAGCGGCCCCGGCUUCCACGCACUGCUCUGCUGACCCCUGGGACAUCCCAGGUCUCAGGCAGAGCGCGGAGCCCAGCGGCUCCUCCUGGGGGCCCUCUGCAGAUCCUUGGUCUCCUGUCCCCUCCGGGAGUGCUCUAUCCCGAAGUCAGCCCUGGGACGGCCCUCACACCCUCUCCUCCUCUGAGCCCUGGGGCCGGACCCCAGCGCUGCCUGCUGCACCCCCCGCCACAGACCCCUGGGCACAGAGCUCCCCCCACCAUAAGCUCAAUGCCGGGGCUGACCCGUGGGGGCCCGCCAGGGAGACCUCCAACUCACCUGCUCUAGGUGGUGCCUCGGCCUUUGACCCAUUUGCCAAGCCUGCGGGAUCCACAGAAACCAAGGAGGGGCUGGAGUAUGCCCAGGCACUGCCCUCUCCGCAGAAGUCCGGCAGCCCUGUGGAGCUGGAUUUGUUUGGAGACCCCAUCCCCAGUUCCAAGCAAAAUGGCGCGAAGGAGCCAGAUACCUUUGACCUGGGCGCGAUGGGGGAUGCACUGCCCCAGCCCAGCAAGGAGGCCAGAGCCUGCCCGACGCCGGAGUCCUUCCUGGGCCCCUCGGCCUCUUCCCUGGUUAACCUUGAUUCAUUAGUCAAGGCACCCCAGGCUGCAAAGACCCGGAACCCCUUCUUGACAGGUCUCAGCGCUCCGUCCCCCACCAACCCCUUCGGCGCGGGCGAGCCUGGCCGGCCAACCUUGAACCAGAUGCGCACCGGGUCGCCGGCGCUGGGCAUGGCGACCAGCGGACCACUAGGGGCACCCUUGGGCUCUAUGACCUACAGCGCCUCCCUGCCCCUCCCACUCAGCAGUGUGCCAGCCGGCGUGAUGCUCCCCGCCUCGGUCAGCGUCUUCCCUCAGGCCGGCGCCUUCACGCCGGCACCCGGGAGCCUGCCGCAGCCUCUCGUGCCGCUGUCGGGCUCGGGGGGCCCGCUGCAGCCGCCCCCACAGGCCGGCACCAACCCUUUCCUCUGAGCUCGCCCCGUCGGGGCCAGCUGGCACCCGCGCACGAGACUCCGCCCCAGCCACGCCCACUCGGGGGAAGGGGCAUUUGGGGCGUGGCCUCAUUCAGGACACGCCCCCUGGAAGCUGAGAUUCGUGAGACUCCGCCCGGGAGCGCGCCUCGCCGCUGGGCCACACCUACUAGGGGAGGCAGAGCUCCGUCCAGGGGACAGGGACUCACUCAGGACACGCCCCCGGAUAUCAAGAUACAGGAGACUCCGCCCCGAAGCGCGACCCGCCGCCGGGUCACGCCCCCUAGGGGGCGGGGCAGGCACCCAGGGGGCGGAUCUCCAGGACAUGCCCCUGGAAUCAGGGACUCACGAAGCCCCGCCCCGCAGCUAGCUCAGACUCUCCGCGAGGUAUGGUCCAUCCCUCCCGUCUGCUGGAGCUGGACACUCAGAACUGUUUGGGAGCGAGUACGCCCCCGUAAUAAAGACUGGAACCCCUGUCCUCAGCUCAGACUGUUUGCGGGGCGUGGCGACCUGUGUGGACCGCAGUGCAAACCUCCGGCCGCCGUGGAAAUGACCGCUCCACCGUGUGGGGGUCCCCAAAUCGAUUGUUCCCGUUUUUCGUCCAGCCCCUUCUCUUCCAGAUCCUUGUCCAGGCUCUCACUCCGUGGAUCAUCAUUCAUUCAUUCAUUCAUUCAUUCAUUCAUUCAUUCAUCAUACAGGGUCCUGAGGACGAGCUCAAAGUAAGGAACAAUAGACAAUUGUUCCUCUUUAUUGCGCACUCCUUACUGCAAAACACUUCAGACAGAUUGCUUCAUUUAAUCCUUGCAACAGCCCUCCGAGGCACAUAAUAUUACUCCCACCCAGCAUGGGUGGCAUUAUUUAGGGGGCCCCGGUGCAGAAUGAAAAGGCGAGGCCUCUUGUUCAAAACUGGGUGAAGACUUCCAAUGAGGCAGCCGAGCUCAAACGCAAGACCCUUGGCUCAGGGGCCAGUUUAUGGGCAGGAAAGCGGCUCAGAGCCGCUAAGUGGUUUGUUCCAGAUCACAGCGUGGUGGGGCUGGAGCUCUCCGGCAUCUGGCGUGCAGCUCUCAGUUCCCCAAUUUCAUUCGCAAAUAUUGACUGACUGACUGCUGUGAAUAAAGUGCUGGUCUGGUCUGGGAGGGGUCCAGCAAUUCCUGGGCCCCAGCCUCGGGGAGUUCAGAAUUGGGCAGGGCCUGCAAGCCUGCUACUGGAGUGCAGUUUUGGGGCCCCCACAGCCCCCACCCACAACUGCUUUACUCAAUCACUUUAAAUCUGGCCCCACCCCACCCCCUUCCUCUCUCCCAAGCUGGCUAACAAUUCCAUCUCAGUCAACCGCACCCCUGGGAAAACCUCACCCCUCCUGGAGGCUCAUAUGGGAGUCUGCUAGAUGGGAGGGGCAAGGCUGGGUGCCUUACCCUGGGGGUUCCCGUGGUCAGUGUUCUCCCGCCAAAUGUGCCUCCACCCUCAGGCUCUGAUCCUGCUGGGGGACUGUGACCUUCCAGUCCCGCAAGGUGGGGGGUCAGGGACCUGAAAACUGCUUUAUCUUCCUGGCAGGAGGCUCCUCCGUGGCUGGGCUGGACACAUAGGAGACCACUGGCUCAGAGCUGUGGCCCCGGCUUGCACUUAAUCAUACUAAUCACUUGCUAAUGAGUGGUUAUGCUUCCUGACCUUGAGUAAAUCACUUCACCUCUCUGUG